AUGACAGGAAAAAUGAUUGGGUUAAUUUGUUUUCUAACCGUAAGUAUUACAACGAUUUUAGCAACAAAAGGCAUCGAUGUGUCUCAAAGCGUUACACAAGCACAAUUUGAAUGUUUAAAAAAUGCAGGCUAUGAGUUUGUCAUUACACGCGUCCAUCAGAGUACUGGUAAAGUGGAUCCAAAUGGUGCACGAACAAUAAAAAAUGCUAAAGCUGCUGGUUUUCGUUACGUUGAUGGUUACAUAUUCCCAUGUUUUUCAUGUGGAAAUCCAGCUAAACAAGUUUCUGAUACAAUUGAUAACUUAAAUUCGAAUGGUGCUGAGUAUGGCAUGAUUUGGUUAGAUAUUGAAAGUGGUGCAAAUUGGAGUUCAAUCGCGCAAGAUAAUAUUGAUUUUAUUCAACAGAUGAUUGAUGAAUUGAAACGUUUAAAAGUUAAUUUCGGUAUUUAUGCACAGAAAUCUCAAUGGACACACAUUACAGGCAAUACAGUUGUGUUUGGUGAUCCACCAUUAUGGUAUCCACAUUAUGAUAAUGUUGAAUCGUUCUCAGGUUUUCAAGCAUUUGGUGGAUGGACGAAACCAGCCAUCAAACAAUAUCAGGGUGAUGUUAGCGAAUGCGGUGUUGGUAUUGAUCGAAAUUUCUACUAG